AUGACUCGGUUAAUUGCGGUGGACUUCGAGAAAAGAGGAUUCAUUGUCUACUUGACUGUCCUUGAUGACAAGGACUACAAAUACAUCCAAUCAAACCAGAUCACCGAUGAUAUCAAUUACGUGAACUUGAUGGAAGAAUCGUACGAGGCGCAACUAGGAAAGUUCAGGAAAGUGCUAGAUGUUGGCGUUGUUCCAUUCCCCGGAGCGGAGGCCCAUCGCCUUCGACUCUCAGCGGUUGUUUUCGCCCCCACCCUAUAUUUUCCACUUGGUCCUCUUGAAAACACACCUGAUUCAACUUGGCAAAGACUGCUUUUCCGGCUAACCGUUACUACCAGGCUUUUAUCGCUGGGUCUUUUGGAUAUUGUGCGUGAACAAAAGAGUAGCAUAAUCGCCAUUGUGCCCAGCAUCGUCAGCUCUCUCCGGAUGCCAUAUCACGGUCCAGAGUCGGUUCUACAAAACAGCAUGAAAGAUGUGUUUAGCACACUCUCCAAAGAACUAAGGCCUCAGAAUAUCAAUGUCACGCAGGUCCGUUUGGGGAACCUCAAUCUAGCUCCUUCCAAGGCUGCUAGAGCUGAAAGCGUUCCUCUGAUUGUGGAGGCGGAGGUCCGCUCCUGGAGUGAAGAGAUGCGCAGUGCCUAUGGGUCCGACUUUCAAAAAUCCCAAGCUAGCCUGAGACCUAUGGGCAGCUCAUUCAAGAACAAGGGCCUCCGUGAAUUGUAUCACACGCUAUACGACUUGAUCUUUUAUAACGGUCGUGCACCGUCUGUGGUUUAUUGUGGAACAGGUGCUCGUGCUUACGACAGACUUGCGUCCUUCUUGCCUUACUCAAUGAGUGAGAUGAUCUUUUAA